AUGAUAUAUAAUAUAAAAAAUAUUUAAAUAUUUUAUAUUUCAUUUUAUUUUUAAUAUAUAUUUUAAAAUUAAAACUAAUAAUUGAUAGAAUUAAAUAAUUCACAAUGAUUUAAAAUUAAAUAAUUCAUAAAGUAAUAUGUAAUACAUGAAAAAAAGGAAUACAAAUAUUAUAAUUCGAUGUUUUCAAUUCUAAAAUAGAAUCUCCAACCUUUUAUUAUCGUCCCUGCAUUUUCUUAGACAGAAAUAAGUUUUGGAGUAGUAAUAAUAACAAUAAUAAUAAUAAGAAGAAGAAGAAGAAGAAGAAGAAGAAGAAGAAGAAGGAGUGACAUCUUUAUCCUUCAUUGCCAGAUAUGUCAAACCGAGCCUAUCAAAAUCACAUCCAUCUGUUGUAGUCUCAAGGCAUGACCGCUCCGCUACCCACUACCUCACCGUACUGGUUUUUCGUGACAGUCCUAACAACCCUACUGGAAAGGCCCAAAAAUAGAUGAGUAUCACCAAGUAAAACCAAUUCUAAAACACAGGAAAAGAAGCUCUUAAUUUUGGAAAAUGUCUUACCGUUUCUAAUUCGGUAAGACAUUUUCAGGAAAAUUAGAAGCCGAUCUUCUCUUUCCCUUUAACUUGAAAGACUGUUUAAAACUUAGAUCCAAAAACCCUUAGAAAGCAAAGAAAUGACGAGUAGUUCGGUGAACUUGGAAGAAAUACCCUCCGAAUCUCUAAUGAAUGAGCUUCUCCGCCGUAUGAAGUGCGCCCCCAAACCCGAUAAGCGCCUCAUCCUCAUUGGUCCACCUGGAUCUGGAAAAGGCACUCAAUCACCAAUAAUUAAAUAUGAGCACUGCUUGUGUUCCUUGGCCACUGGUGAUAUGCUUAGAGCUGCUGUUUCUGUUAAAACCCCACUUGGUAUCAAGGCCAAGAAAGCUAUGGAUAAGGGAGAACUUAUUUCUGAUGACCUGGUUGUUGGCAUUAUCGAUGAAGCGAUGAAUAAACCUUCACGUAAAAAAGGUUUCAUUCUUGAUGGGUUUCCCAGGACUGUAGCACAAGCACAAAAGGAUCAUUUACAUCACAAAAUUGCUCAGUGUUACAUAUCCACGGGAGAAAAAGUGCUAGCAAUUCAGUUCAUUCGAAAAAGUGCUAGCUAAAUUGUUGAAGUCAUUAAGCUCAUUAGCCAGGUUAUUAAAGAUUUUUGAAGUGGUGAGUUUGUUUGACUGUGAUGUCAAAAUUGAAGACUAUUUGCUAAAGAGUUAUUACAAAACAGCUUCAUUGAUUGCAGCUAGUACCAAGGGAGCCGCCAUUUUCAGUGGAGCUAAUCGUAGUGUAACAGAGCAAAUGUAUGAAUAUGGAAAGAAUCUUGGCCUAUUAUUCCAAGUUGUUGAUGACAUAUUGGAUUUUACACAAUCAGCAGAGCAGUUGGGGAAACCAGCUGGUAGUGAUCUAGCAAAAGGCAACCUCACAGCACAAGUUAUAAACAUGGCAUGAAGUUGAAACUUGUACCAAUAUAGAACAGCUUUCUUAGGAUAUUAAUUGGUUCCUUGUCACUGGUUGUAUGUUCAUACAAGGCUUUGAACUUUGACUUGAGCUCCUAGUUUCAAUGUCUUCUGUCUGAGAAAAAAUAAUUUCUCUGUUAAAUUAAAUUGACGAACAAUAAAGUUUUUGUGGUCAUCAAUAUUAAGCUAAUAAACUUCCAUUAUGUAUACAAGGAAAA